AAUGAUUGUCAGAUUAGUGGGUGGACCUCGCUGAGCAUGCGCAAUAAUAGCAACCACGUGUUGCAUGGCCAAGAAAGAAAGCUAUAUGAUGGCAGUUCCACUUUCGAAUAAACCCUGGAGGGAUUUGAAGCCUCCCCUGUCCCAGACGUGUCAUGAUGGACUGAAGAGACUAGGAUUCACCUCCAUGACCCCAGUACAAAGUGCUACAAUCCCUCUGUUCAUGAGCAACAAGGAUGUGGCUGUGGAAGCUGUCACAGGCUCUGGGAAGACUCUUGCAUUUGUUAUACCCAUCAUUGAAGUAUUAACUAAACGAAAAAAGUCUUGGACGAAGAAUGAAGUUGGCGCAUUGGUAGUCACGCCUACUCGAGAGCUUGCGACCCAAAUCGCUGGUAUGUUUGAGCCAUUUAUGCCCAGCGAUCUAUCACUGUGUUCGUUGAUUGGAGGUAGAGACUUGCAAGCUGAUAUGGACUGUAUCAAUGGACAAGGUGCCCAAAUUAUUGUUGCCACUCCUGGACGUCUUAUUGACCUUCUCCAGCGAGCCGAAAGCAACCUUUCCUCAGCGUUGCGACUCCUGGAGGUGUUAGUAUUGGAUGAAGCAGAUCGCUUACUGGAGUUAGGAUUUGAGAAAAGUAUCAAUACGAUCCUCAGUUAUGUACCAAAACAGAGAAGGACUGGUCUUUUUUCUGCAACUCUCACUCAAGACGUGAAAGCUCUUAUGCGCGCUGGAAUGAGAAAUCCAGUCACCAUAACUGUUCGCGACAAACAGAGCUCUUCAGACUUAACUCCCACUCCAAAAUCACUGUGCAAUUACUAUUUGAUUUGCUCUCCUGUAGCCAAGUACUCAAAACUGCUGUCUUUCCUAAGUCGGUAUAAUGAUAAGAAGAUUCUUGUGUUCUUUGCCACUUGUGCUGGUGUAAGUUACUUCAGUUGUAUCACUCGACGGUUAUGUAGCUCAUUGAAAGUGUUGGCGUUACAUGGAAAAAUGCAAGCAAGACGACAAAAACUGUUCACCGAAUUCGCAUCGCUAUCACGAGGAGUUUUGAUGUGUACAGAUGUGCUUGCCAGAGGUGUUGAUUUCCCCGCCGUGGAUUGGGUAGUUCAAUUUGAUCCCCCUUCAUCAGCUAAGGCGUUUGUUCAUCGCUGUGGACGUACAGCCAGAAUGGGGAAUGUUGGCAGUGCUCUGGUAAUGCUCUUGCCAACAGAGAAAGAUUAUGUCGAGUUCUUGGAGUUAAAUCAACACGUUGUUUUGGAGGAGUUCCAGAGUGAGCUGGAUGUGAGUGAAGAGUAUGUCCGUAGAGGGAGAGAGAUUGCCGCCAAAGAGAGGGAGAUGUUUGAAAAAGGAAAAAGAGCGCUAGUCUCGUUUGUUCACUUUUAUUCCAAACACGAGUGCAGGCUCAUCUUUCAAGCAAAAGAGCUUGAUUUAGUGUCACUAGCUCAAGGCUUUGCCCUCCCCCAUCUCCCUAAAAUGCCAGAGCUCAAGGGCAGAGAUGUGUCUGCGUUCACUCCUCACACCCGCCCCCACUCAGAGAUACCUUACAAGGACAAGGUCAGAGAGAAAGAACGGAAGGCCAAGAUAAAAAGACAAGCAGAUGAUGCUCUCGUGAAAAAAAAACCAAAACCAAAACGAAAGGUAAGGAUAAGAACUCCAGAAAGAGAGCUCACAAAGGAGCGCAAAAGAAAGCGUAGAAGUGAGCAAGGUUUUUCGGAAGGAGAGCUUGAUGAGUUAUCGAGAGAAGCUCGACUACUGAAGAAGUUCAAAGCUGGAAAGAUUACAAAAGAAGAAAUGGAAGUUUCACUAGAUGGAUAGAAAAAAUUUUUAAUUAUUUUUCUUUUUACUUUUGGAAUAUAUACGUUUUUACUGAC